UUAGAGCCCUUUGCACUGAUAAGAGCAACAUACUGCACACUGCUUGACAAGCUUGAAACCAGCAACACGUGUACAGCCUUCCACCAUGAUCUGCUUCUCUUUUCUACUUUUAAUUUUACUUAAUUCCAAUCAAGGUUGUGCCGUGGACAAAUUUAUUGCAGCCACUUAUGAGCAUGCUGUCAUACUUCCAGAAAAUUCAUCAAUUCCAGUUACAGCAGAGAAAGCUUUAGAGCUAAUGAACAGAAAUAUAGAUAUACUGGAAAAAGCCAUUACGUCUGCAGCACGUCAGGGUGCACAUAUAAUUGUUACUCCAGAAGAUGGUAUUUAUGGCUGGAUAUUUACUAGAGAAACAAUAUAUCCUUACCUUGAAGAUAUUCCAGAUCCCGAAGUUAACUGGGUACCUUGCUCUGACCCUGAAAGGUUUGGACGAGCUCCGGUUCAAACAAGACUAAGCUGUAUAGCAAAAAACAAUUCUAUUUAUGUGGUUGCAAAUAUUGGAGAUAAAAAGCCAUGCAACGUAUCCACUGUGGGAUGCCCAGAAGAUGGUCAUUACCAUUACAAUACAGCUGUUGUCUUUGACUCUGAUGGGAAAUUAGUGGCACGAUACCACAAGUACAAUCUUUUUCUCGGGGAGAUCCAGUUUAAUGUACCACCUGAACCUGAGAUGGUGACAUUUGAGACACCAUUUGGAAAGUUUGGAAUCUUUAUCUGCUUCGAUAUACUUUUCUAUAAACCAGCAGCAGCUCUAGUAGUGGAUCACCAAGUAGAUAGUAUACUGUUUCCCACAGCAUGGAUGAAUGUCCUACCUCAUCUAACUGCUAUAGAAUUUCACUCAGCAUGGGCUAUGGGUAUGGGCGUUAAUCUACUUUCUAGCAACACUCACAACACCAGCAUGAGAAUGACAGGCAGUGGGAUUUUUUCACCUGAAACCCUUGGGCCAUAUUACUAUAACAUGGACACUGAGGACGGCAAUCUUACAUUCUCUACAUUGAGUGCACAUCCGCGAAAUUCCUCAACAUUCUUUACUCCCAACUGGAGCCUUUAUGCCAACAGUAUUAGCAAAUUUUCCCCUGGAUCCAAUGUUUUCCGUGGCCACUUGUUUUCAGAUGAAUUCACCUUCACAGAACUUACUGAGCCACAAGGAAAUUAUACUCUUUGCCAAAAUAACCUCUGCUGCCAUUUAACUUACACAGUAACAGUGAAGAUAACCGAUGAAGUCUAUGUACUUGGUGUUUUUGAUGGCCUUCAUGAAACAGAAGGACAAUAUUAUCUACAGAUUUGCACUUUGUUAAAAUGUCUAAGUACGGAUAUAAAAUCCUGUGGAGAACCUGUUGAAACAGCAUCAACUAAGUUUAAGUCGUUUUCUCUCAGCGGAAAUUUUUCUACAUCAUUUGUAUUUCCGGAAGUUUUGUUAAGCAAAGUUCAUCUAGCUACAGGAAUGUUUCAGGUAUUGCCUGAUGGGCGUCUUACAAGCCAUGCUAAUAUUUCCCAGGAACCUCUUUUAAGCGCUACACUUUAUGGAAGGUGGUACGAUAAAGACCCAGCUGCUCAAGAUGCUGGAUCUAAGAUAUUACUUGACCCAACAGUUUACUUUAUCAUCAUAGCCUUGUGUGUUGUAUAUUAAAUUAAAAAUUGUCAGUAGACAAUCCAA